AUUUAUUGACUUGUUCAUCACAAAAGAAAAAAUGCUAAUGGUCAAUCGUCAUCAUCAUCCCCCUCUCGGAACAGGAAAAUCCUCUCUCUAAAACAGUAAAACCUCCUCCUCCUCCUUCUGAGAGAGAUAUAGAGAGAGAGAGAGAGAGGAAAGGCAACAACGACGAAAGAUAGAGAAACAGAACGAAGAAGGAGGAAUGUGUCCGCUCCGAAUCAUUCUCAUCUUCCUCUCUGCAACACUCGCCGGAUUCUUCGUGCUUCGCAACAUCAAGUCGCAGCCUGAUGCCGCCGAAGACAACGCCGUCGAUGACGACUCUCCGGUCAAAUCUCCAUCCGGAUCAUCCUCCCCGUGUCCCGCCCCUAUUAGCUUCAAGGCUUGCUUUGUGAUCAGGGAAGGAUUUUGGACUUUUCUGGACAUGGCGAGCGGCAAAUAUCUCUGGAGGCAUUUGGUUUCUUCUGCAAUUCCAAAGCGCAUCGACUGAUCCUUGGUAAUGAAUUGUAAGAGAUUUAGCCUUCCAGUAUGAAUAUCUGUUGUAAUUUUCUCUUUUACAUGGAUCCUGCUUUGUUUCUGAGAGUUGAUUCGCAGGAUUAUUGUAUGUGUACAAGUUAUAUGUGUAGAAUUGUGGAGUUACUUGGUCUGGAAACUUGAAGAUCCUUCUGUUCUAAUGGGAGAUUAUACUUCUUAAAUGAAUAAACCAUUCCUGUAUUAGUGCACUUGAAUUUUACCUGGCUUUUUACAUCAGCACCUAUGAAUGAAAAUAACCUAUGCAG